UUAUAAAGUGGAAGCAGAAUCUUCUGAAUAUGCAAACCUUAAGGAACAUGUUGCUGCCAUCUCGGCGCUUUCAUACGUGCCUGAGGAACUUCCUCCUCUGCUCCAACGUCUUAUUCUGUAUCAUGGGUGUGAUUCUGCUGGAAGUCGGGGUGUGGGGGAAGCUGAUCCUGGACGCCUAUUUCUACCUGGAACCUGAGGAGAACACCAACGCGACGUACGUCCUCAUUGGGACCGGGAUCACCACCGUUAUUUUUGGACUGUUGGGUUGCUUCGCUGUGUUCCGCGGCACUCCAUGGAUGCUCAAACUGUACGCCUUUUUCUUUACCUUGGUGUUCCUGUCUGGGUUUGUGGCGGGCGUCUCAGGCUUUAUCUUCAAACACGAAGUGAAAGCCAUAUUUGGCGCUGCCUUUGAAAAUGCCGUGAAGUCCUACAGCAGCUCUGACAGCAGCGACACUGUGGUCGAUGCCAUUCAGAGGACUCUGCACUGCUGUGGGGUGAAGAGUUACUCUGACUGGAGCGACACGGCCUACUACAAAGAGAACGGCCUCCCUGCCAGCUGCUGUAAAGACAACUCCGACUGCUCACCUGAGACCUUAAAAGACUUGGACAAUGCUGAGAGUGAGGUGUACAAGUUGGGCUGCUUUGAGAUGAUAACUAAUGCACUGGAGGCCAACCUGGAGGUCAUCGCAGGGAUCGCCUUUAAAAUUGCUUCCUUACAUCUGAUUGGGAUAUUGCUGGCUUGCUGUUUGUCCCAACAACCUGCCUGAGAGUUAGUAUUAGCAAAUGACAGUGUUUGUGAACGCUCAGCGAGAAACUGAACGAAAACACGGCUGAAAAACCUGGAAGAUGAGAAAUGUAAAACUGGCCCAAAUCAAAAGCUGAACUGUAUCAAUAGAAAAAGCACAAGUGUAUAAGUUAGUAUAGGUCAGUGGUUCUCUAUUAUUUUCUGUCAUGCCCCCCCCCCCCCCCAGAGGACAGAAAUGUUUUCACGGCCCCCCUGAAUUGAAAUUCUAUUGAGAACCUGCUAAUUUUUAUUUAUUUAUCUGUAUAAACCACUGUAUGAGUUGUCCUG